AUGAAGCAUGUUCCAGUUUUAUGCAAUGUCAUCGGAUGGGUCUUCAUCUAUUUAGCCUUAUUAGCAGAAGCCGAAUUCCAAGACGGUAAGUGCCUCAAUUUUUUGUACUUUAUAUGUACAAGUACGUUUUAUUUCACUAAAUGUCAUAGUGCACGUGAUGUCAAACAGCGAAAAUUACAUGAAAAUCUUUAGUUUGCUAAGUCAACUAAAGUUCUUCAAAUAAAAAUCAUUUUCAAAAUAAUCAGACAGCGCGCAAGCGGAGAACUUAACCCGCGUGCAGGCCCACCAAGAGAAGAAUAGUGGGCCUGCAAAGAAGACCAGGUAUUUUGUAUUUGUUGCGUUCGCACAAGAACGCAGAAUUCUGAUUGGCUGCUUGAUUUAAUAAUAUUACGUAAGCUCUUGAUAAGUUUCGUAGGACUAUAUUUUCCGCAUUGUACAACAUUUCGCAACCAAACUUUGCAAUUCUACUAAUUUUAACAUGCUCUUUCUAGCUGUGGAGAUGGAUUUUGUUCUUCUUGCUGAGAUCAAAAUUUAGUCUACAGCUGGGAUCAUCUAUAUUGUUUUAUAUCAAUCACAAUGUUUUUUUAUCACUUAUUAGAAAGUGGAUCGAUAAUCAAAAUUCCAGGAGAGUAUAGAAUUCAUUCCAAUCCUAUAAAGAAGACGAAAACGUCCUCCGAAAAGUACAAGAACUCCCAUAACAAAAGAGAACGGCAGACACUCCUACGUGAGUUUGUACUUGGUGAUUUUACUCCCUAUGUUCAAGACACGUCUGAUGAUGAGAAAAAUAGUUAUGCUGAAAUCCAUUAUGGCGAUAAAACGUUUGUUGGAAAUAACAAGAAAGUCAAAGAUUAUUCAGGAGAAACUUUCGGGAUUUUCACUAAUGAUGAAAUAAAUACACGAAAAACGAACAACAAGAUCCAUAAGCUAUUAAAAGGCAUAACCGCAAGAUUAAAAAGUAACCAAGUGGACUUACAUAAGACGAACGAAAAAGACAAAGUCCAUAAUAAAAAAUCUAAAUACAGUCAUAGAAGAAAAUGGAAGGAAAGAAGAUUUGAACACAAUAUCAAGCACCAUUUGAAAGGAAAUUUAUUCGAUAUUAACCUUAAAAAAAACAAAAAUAGUAACAACCAUCGCGCAGAAGACGACAAGACCUUUCCAUUGAAAUUUAAAAAGACAAGCGUAUCAAAGUCAGGAUUCCCUUAUGGGUACUAUGAUAAUUUUGCUUCUGAAUAUAACAACCUUCCGGACAAUUUUGACAUUUAUGAUAAAACGUACAACUAUUUUUUACCGGAUGAAAAUAGUUAUGACAGAAAUUUAAAGUACAGAGUAGAUGAUAGAACGUGGCAUAAAAAUAAAAAUGGAGGAGCCAGUCAAAAUAAAUUGCAAGAACCCCCCAAAAAAUUGCCAAGGAAUCUGAAUGGAAAAUUAUACGAAUCUUUGGAGACAAGUGCAUACAAUCCUUUAAAACAAAUAAGAAUAGGGAACGCUAUCAUUAGCGACCAAUAUAAAAAUAAAGCAAAUAGAUAUGUAGAAGCUAAAAUUCAUACGAACAAACUGGAAAGUAAAUUUCGAAAUGAAGAUGGCAUACUGAAAAAAUCAUACCGGGAAAAUAGUAUCAAAGUACAAAACAAUUAUGAUAUUGACGGGAGAAAACGCGACAAAACCGAACGUCUUGCCACCAAAGAUUAUCAUCGAGGUAACGAGGUUAUUAAUUACAAAAAUGUAUCAGCCAUAAAAUGUAACGGCGAUUGUAGUACUGCUAAAGUUUUUGGAGGUUCAGAAAAUAAUGGAUCUCAGAUAGAGGUACCAUGUAACGAACACGAAAGGUGUAAAUAUGGAAAUAAUGGUAGCCUGAUCAACUCUGAAACGAAUGAAAAUGUCCUCAAUGAAAGUAGAAAACAUCAACGGAAAUUUUAUACCUUAUUGAAAAAUGCCAUGGAAGGUCGUCAUAAGGUGAAAAGAACAGAAACAACAACUAAAAAGACAGUCAAAAAAGGUGAUGUUAGCCUGCACAACACGAUUUCGCAUUCACAUAAUAGAAAUGGAAAACUUGCUUUAAAGCCUACAAGUUUUGCUAAAAAGUUGAAAGCUCAGAAGAAGAAAAAAAACAACAAAAAAGAGGAUAAUUCAUUAUUACAACAAAUGCUUAACAUCCCCGUGAAGUUAAUUGUCAGUUUUGUUCGAAACUAUAUUCUUGGAAAUAAGGAUCCCGGAGACAUGGUACUAAAAGAUGUCUGGCAAUUGCCAAAAUCCAGGUUAAAUAAACAUUCUAACAAACGUAGCAAAACUGAUUUGAAAAUUAGCAAUAUCAAACAAAAGAAAACUAAAAACAAUUACAAAAUUUCUUUUAAAAAAGGUAACUUAAAAACGAUAUUAAGAAACAGGCACAAAUCAAAGACAUCUACAAGAACGUUCAAAAGAAAAGCGACAAAAGAGGCCAACGCAGUUACGCGCACCCUUUUAUCAAAUGAACACAAAAGUGCUUUAAAAGGAAGUAAAUCAUUUAUAGAACUUAUCAAUGUCCUCAUUGACGGACGACUGUUGCAUAAAGAUAAAUAUUUGAAUGAUGUAUACAAGAAGAGUUUUUUGCCUAAAACGGAAGAGAGUGGUUAUUCUUCUGAAAAGAAUCUUUUUCAAAAUUCUGAAUUGAUAAACAAAAAACAAGUCUUGCCAAAGAAAAGAAAACUUAUCCAUGACCCAUACUUCAUCCCGAUAACACGAAACGCAGGAAAUCGUCCUGACUGGAAAAAUAAAAACAACAUUUUACCAAAGAAAGCCCCUUCUGACUUUAACGUGAAACGUAGUGAUAUUUACUUCCCAGAUGGAUUAUCAGCGUACAACAACGACGUUGAAAGUUUGCCUCGUUUACCAGAAACACUGAGUGCUAGACAAUCAAUUCAACCUUUCGACGUGCAUUCUUUGGAUAACAACAUGUUUCAAGACAAUCAAUAUGAAACUAAAUAUCAGCAUUUUUACGACACCAGAGAUAUGUUAUCUUUUCAAUAUCCAUGGAACAAUGUUGGCAACAAUAUAUCGUCACAAUAUACCAUUCCAAAGAGCAAUGAAAAAAAAAGUUAUAGUGACUUGAACACCAGAAGGAAGACACAAAAACAAUAUUAUAAGCCAAUUCUAACCUUGCAAGAGACCACACACAAGCCUCCGCCAUAUACAUUUCAAAUCUAUGAUGGUAUUCAAGCGCCAAAAAAAACGUCUUGGAAUCAGAUCAAAUCUAUUAAAGAUGAAAGUAAACAUGGCUUGAAAUACAAAGGUUAGUGAUGUAUGCAGUAAUGCACAUGACACAAAUUUUUUUGCCCAUCACUUGAAAGUGAUGAAGAAUGGCCCAUAACAAUGUAUUUAUAAUACGUUCUUUGUAGGAUUGCAUGACGAUAAAAGGCAUAUAAUACUUUGGAAACACCACGUAAAUUUAUUACUGCAAUAUUCAUGAAAUAUAAUAAUUAUUAACAAUAAUUAUAAUAUAAUAAUUAUCACAAUACAAUAAUUAUUAUUGUAAUGGGACCGAGGGAAACAGUGUGUUUUGUGGACCCGAGAUCGUCGAUGUUUCCCGAGGCGAAGCCGAGGGAAACAUCGACGGUCGAGGGACCACAAAACACACUGCUUUCCCGAGGUUUCAGUAAAUAAGUGUUUUAUUAUAUAUCAAUAGUCAAAGAAACAACAAAUUAAAGAACAAAUGAACGUAAAUACAUGAAACCAAAACUAGAUAAAUGGAACGCGGUAAAUGUUUAAUGAACUUUGGAACUUCACGGUUGACGUACACGCGCACUGCAUCCAUUCUAUUGUUGACCGGUCAAUAAUUGUUUCAUUGUUGACCGGUUGCCCCCUCGCCAAAGCAUGCAGGGAACAUGACGUUUUGUGGACCGGCACGUGAUACGAUUUUGACCAAUCGGCAAACAGAAAAAUUGAACUUUGACACUAACUAUAUAACAAUAUUAUUUAUUUAUUUCGUUGCAGUAAUAAAUUUAGUAUGUGGUUUUUCCACAAACAAAAAGUAUUAUAUAAUGUUUAUAGCUCAUCUCGUUCCCAAAUUAUCGGGCAUUCUGUAUUCUUGUGUUAUGAUGUCACUUGUUGUCCUUGAAGAAAAUCUAAUAUCUCAGAAGUAAUUCAACGAAAUUAAAUGAAACUAGAUAGUAAAUGCACCUAAGCAAACAUUUUGGAACGUUUAUAUGGUUCUCCUACCAACACACUAGUUAUCAGGUCCCUCUGUCCUCUUUGUCCAAAUCGUCCAACAAAACAGAAAGAAAUUUUUGUGGUUUUCACUUACUAUUAUCGUUUUUAUAAGCGCUGCGUGUGGUGAAUAUAAACUAUUGAAUUAAAUACAUUUUCUUCCAAAGUGUCCAUGGCAGCCAUUACUAAAAUAAGAAGAGCUCAAGACCUGAUAGUGUAUUGCUAUGAUAACUACAUAAACGUUCCAAAAUGUUCGCUCAGGUGCACGUACCAAGUGUACUUUUCAUUUAAUUUCGUUCUUCUUUUUGCAGCCGUCACAACUAGUGACGUCACAACGUCAACUAGUGACGUCAUAGGAUACAAAAUAUCCGAAAACUUGGGAACAAGAUGCGCUGUAAUUGCGUUAUGUUCACUUUAAUUAAUGUGCACAUGACACAAAAUUUUCUCUAUCUUCUUGCUCCGUAAUACUAUGCCCAAACAAUGACAUAACCAUUGCAUUUGUGAUUCUGCUGGAAGCAGGGAUGCCGGAAGAUCGAUAAUAGCGGGUGCAGAUAUUCAUAUAUUCGCGUUCUGCCCAAUUAAUUUCUUUUGAAAUCGAUUGUUUUUACAGUCUGUGAACACGAAUAUAUGAAUAUCUGCACCCGCUAUUAUCAAUCUUCCGGCAUCCCUGGCUGGAAGUGCGAGUCUCUGUGUAAAGUAGACAACAUGUCGAGCAUACAAUUAAAGAAAUAUAAAUUACUGACAACAGAAAGGUUCAGAUAUGACUUCCCGUACAGCCACCAUUAACAUCCAAUCAAAUGCGUAUACUGGACAUGUAGGAGAUAGCGGUAGUGGAAGUCAAAUCCGAACACCUCUAAUGGUAAUGCAACAGCCGUAAUCUCUUUGUAUGUACAUGUCCAAAUCUAUAGGGCGUUUUAAUACAAAAACUGGCCGAUAUAUUUAUGCUAACGCAAUUAAUGGACCUAUUAGUAUUACCUAUAAUAAACAAAACUUUGAACAAGUCUAAACAAAAAUUUCAUCACAGCUUGAAAGAUUGAAAGAGUAUCAAAAAAUUGGUAUACCGUACGGCGCUUUGAAAAUCAGACAACUGAAAGGCUACCGUGUACCUAAAUAAGUUUAAAUAAUAAUAAUUAGAAACAGAUCCGUUAAACAAAACAAUCUAACCAACACUCGCAAGCUAUCAUUCAGGCACAAUUGCACAGCCUACCAACUUGCAAUAUCCUAAACAAAAUCAAAACCUAGCCAACCAACAUCCCCAAGCAGUUAAGUCAAAACCAUGAAGUCAACAGAAUCUACAAUAUAAUUCAAACCUGAAUCGCCAACACUGGUGGAAUCAUUGAAAUAUAUAUAACUGGAACGCUACCUUCUGAUAAACUGCCUAUCGUUUUCUUGAAGCCAAGUUUGACUUCUAGACAUGCGUGUUCAGAUCACGCGUGUUUACGUCGCUCGACUUUCCCGCGGACUAUAUUUCAGGGAGUGAGCAUGCCGUGAAAAAGCAGGCAAAAGAACAAAAGAAGAAAAGCUUCUUUUGUAAACAAGGUUCCAUUGUUAAUAUUUUUGGUAGCGGUAUAACUAUUAAAAUAUCAACAAAAACGGUCCUCGGGACCUAUCAAAAUAUUGUAUAGAUUAUAUAAGUAUAAAUUAAGUUUCAUAUAUUUUUAUAAUAUAGCAUUUGUAAAUUCUGAACGCUGAUUGGCUAAGAGCCGUGUUGAUAUAACUCAAUGUCAACACGGGAAAAUUUCCGCCGCUUCUAAACACGGAAAUUUUUCUUAUCCUUCGGGCUUUUGACAUCGCUAUAUUAUAAAAAAAAUAUAAACUUUUUUCCGUAUUGAUAUAUAGUAAUAUCAACACUCGUGGAAGUUGGAAAAACUCGAAAUUGUAUGAAAACACUCCGCCCUUCGGGCGUCGUGUUUCCAUACAAUUUCUCGUUUUCCCAAUUCCACUCGUGUUGAUAUAACUGUAUAUCAACACGGAAAAUGUUUUAUAUUUGUUAAAUAUUACCUAAACUUUCGAAAAAGUAAGUUUUAGUACAGGAAUACAUGUUUUAGUACAGGUAUACAUCUGUUUAUUUCCUUGAAAUUAACUUGAGUAAAUCAGUGUAUAAAAAGAAAAAAAUAAUCCCCAAAACAUCCAAGCCGAAAGUGACAAAGGAAACGCUCACUCCUCGGCACACUUUUAUCGCAAAAAAUGCUCGUCCAAUAAAUAACUUUUAAAUAAAUUAGAAAGUUAAGUCUGCUAAGAAAUUUUACUUGAAUAUAGGCGCUAAUAAUAAAGCUUUAAGCCCACUUAAAAGGCUUCUUCUUUGGAUAUUUUAAGCCAGUAUUUAUCUAUGAAUGAUUAGCCGCGCUCUUCGCUUGCAUGAGCAGACUGGGACUGACUCUCAAAUUUGGCUUCAAAUUUCCGUUUGGAUGUAGCGUUCCAGUUCUAUUCUGUUCAGUGGAAUUCAGUUGGCAUUACAUUAAAAGGGGCCGGGCCCUGGAGUUGGUUAGGCUGGCUACCACUGCUUGAAACACCUAAGGCAAUAGAUAAUAACUCUACAAACGUUUCGAAGUGGGGUCGAACCCCUUGACGUUAAGUCACUAGACGCAAUUGCACUGUUUAAGGAUCUGUUUCCUCGAUUUCUGUAAAGCUUUUAUUGAUCACAAUAUCCUGGUUUUAAAACUGUUCUCACUUGGUGCUUUCGAUUAUCCCGUGGAUUUGCAACUUUCUACUGAAACCGCUGACAAUCGGUAAAGAUUGACCAUUUCCAAUCCGGGAGUUCUAUUUAUUGUCAUGAUUAAUGAUCUUGAACUGACUUCUCCUAAUACAACCCCAUGGAAAUAUGUAUACGAUGUCACAAUGUCAGAAAACGUCAAUAGAAAUGAAAUUUCAAUCUUGCAACCGGACGUUAAUGCAAUUGAAAGCUGGACAAAGAGUAGCAAUAUGAAAUUAAACGGUAAAACGUGUAAAGAGAAGAUAAUAACUUUCUCACCUUGGCUCACCAUGCAUCUGCAGAGGUAGCCUGCGAACAGGCUCUCAAGCUGAAUUGAGAGCCUGCGUCGAUCACUAAUGAAUUUGAAUAUCUGCCCCGUAACGUUCGUUUUUCCAAAUAUGGAAUGUCCAUACUUAUAUGGUGUUGUUUACAACUUUCGUGCAAACUAAAUUUAGACCGUGCAAACUAAAUUUAGACCGUAUAGUUUAUACUGUUUUUCGAAAUAUAAGAUAUUCAAGCAAAAGUUCAAAUGUUUUAAGUACUGUUUUCUCAAAACAGAACAUUUCGUGCUUUGAGAUAAGAUGGUCAAGACCAAUUGGAUCAGUUAUUAAUAGCGUAGUGCUUCAGCUGUUGACAUAUAUAGAGCUCAGCGGAAACAAAUAAAUUAUAGCAUCUGACCAAUGAGAAUUUCGCGUCACGAUUUGAGAUGCAGAUAUUCAAAUUCAUUAGUCAUCGAUGCAGGCUCUCAAUUCAGCUUGAGAGCCUGUUCGCAGGCUACUGCAGAGGCCUUAUAGCUCAAUGGUUAGAGCGUCUGUCAGGUUAUCAGAGGGUAUAUAUAUGUGGUUCGAUUCCCGUUAGGGCUCAGAACUUUUGUGAAGCCCUGUUUACAUGAGACUCCGGGACAGGAACCACAUCAAACCGGGACCAUAUUUCGUUUCGGUCAUUAUUUAUAAUAGAUGUUUACAUGCAUGAGACCGGGACGAAAUUAACUCAAACCGGUCUCAAUUUGCAACUCAUUCCGCCUGCUGGACCGAGAAGACUGACUUCAGACCGGCAUGAAUUCAGACCAGGAUGAAUUAAUGUAAACACAAUUGCAAGUACAUUUCAGACCGGUCUCGGCUGUAACCUUGACAUUGGAACAGCACAUGGUAGCAAAAGCCAUCGAAAACAAAAUUGCCUGGCAAGGGAAAUACAUUGAAAAUUUUGUGAUUUUCGUACCGGUCUCAUGUAAACAUGUAGGUUUCCAUACCGGUUUGAUUUCACCCGGGUCUCAUGUAAACGGGAACUGAGCAACGUUAUCCACUGAUAACUAUAUUAUAUCAAACAUGCUUUUUCAACGUUAGUGGUAUUCUAAAUUCUGUACUCUGGGAAUUUAGUUUUCCAGAGAAUUUUUAAACAGUAUUGUUCUACAGUAGACAUCAUUUAGUAUUUCAGACUAAUGAACUGAUUUUGAAUCGCAGAGAAUUCAUAAUGGUGUGGCUUUUAAAAUUUAGAAAUUAAAUUUUCUAUACAGUGCACGGAAAUGUUGAUUUCCAGCGGAUUUUUGGGUACUUGAUUUUGCACUUCACGCAUGAAAAACUAAAUUUUCUUUUCUAUACACUCUCAGUUUUCCAUAUAAAUACUUACCAGCUGUAACUUCCAAAGUUUCAGUGCAAGAUUUAAUGGAGGCCACGUUUACUGUUUGCGUCAAAUUAUUUUAGGAAAAAAUCUAACACCUUGCUAACUCAAAGUUUUUGUUGCCCUUGAAACCCUUCUAUAGUUGCCUAGAACUAUGCUUCAACAACAGUGAAAAAAUAGAAAUCAUCCUUGCAGUUGCAUGGUUUUUAAGCGUUUCAAACCCUGGUUUAUACAUUUCGUAUUAUACCUAACGAUUGUCAUAAUAUUGAAUCUAGUUGCCACAUUUUGAAUUGUUUAAAAGAUAAUCUACUAAAUAUAAUACACUGCUGAAUCGCCAUUUCAAAUGUAAAAACCACUAACAAUGUUUACAUGAUUCUUAAACAUAGAUAUCUUAUAUACACUAGAUAGUGCAUCUAAUUAUUCUGCAAUUCAAAAAUUGAAGCCGUGAUUGCAGUCUCAAGUCGUUCCCAUGAAAUGAGAAGAUUAAUUCGUAUGUUUUCUAUUUCUUAAACAGGGAACUUAAACAUUAAGUUAAUCCUAUUGCAAAUACGUUUUUAAACUAUUCAAAUGAUGAAAGUUAUUGUUGUUUUUAAGCGUUUAUUAGCAAGUGGGAACGACCAACAUGGAAUAUUUUUAGCUUCAAUUUUACUAAAAGAGAUGCGCUAUCUAGUGUAUAUAAGAUAUCUAUGUUCUUAACCCGUCUUCACUUCAAUUACUAAAAGGAUCGACUUGUUCGCUGGUAAACUAAUACACAUUUAAUGGCAUACAUGGGGCUUCGGUGGCGCACUCGUCAUAGCAGGUGCCUUUCACCUCUGAAAAUGUAGGUUCGAUUCUCGCUACGGGCCCAUGUCAACGCUCUGCCGAAAGUCGUGGGUUUUCUCCGGGCGCUCCGGUUUCCUCCCACGGGGAAAGUUGACAGGGUGGGUUAGAAUAAACAUAGUUAGGAAUGUAAUAUCACAAUUGUUGUGAAGAUAAUUAGUCUAAAGAGUAAUACUUGAUGUCAUCGGUCACUGAAAAAUCCCGUUGGGGAAGUGAACUGAAUCAAUAGAGUGUUAUUACGUCACAGCCGCCAUGUUGGUGCUCCAAUUCAAAAAUAUUUAAUUAGACUCUUUUAUCUAGAACACCAACAUGGCCGCCAUGACUUUUGUUGAGUUGGUCCUUAGGGAAUGAGUACAAACGCUCUAUAUGCAUGUAUGUAUAUGCAUCAUACACAGAUAAAUUUCCUCUAUUUUGAAUUUUAAGGUAUUUUUGGUAACAAUGACGAGGAUUUACAAAGAUCGUGUAUAGACGUUGGUAAACAAGGUUAGUAAGACGAUGUUAAUUAUUAUAUAAUAACUACAGUCAAAUACACAACUUGAUUGGUCAAUAUACCCGUGCAUGCAGGAUCAGACAAUCCUGCACGGAAAAUUUUUGAAGUGCUGUCGCGCGGGCUUUUCAAAAUGUCGGACAAUGAAAACAUUUUGAUGUGUGAAAUUAACGCUGCACUAAAUUAAAGUGUAUGGACCGAGCGACGAAGGAGCGAGGUCCAUGCAAAAAACAGAGGUCUGAUAUUUCACAGUACAGACCGAACAAGCGAGAUCAAUAAUCGGUUUAUUAUAUGGCUGAACUGAGUCUGUGAGCAUAUGCUUUUAAUUUCGCGCGAAUUAAAUCGGCUAUCGUCAGUAGCAUUGGGUAACAAUAUACGGUGGGCAUGAAUGCUCAAUCAAAAACAAUUUGGUUGUUUGAAAUUUUUAUCUGUAAAGCACAAUUGGAAAUUUAAAAAGCAAAAUUUUUUUCUGUUUGCAAAGCAAAAAUUUCCCGCCAGAUAAACCACAUCCGGGACACUGGUCCAGAUACGGAAAAUACGUACCACUGUCCGGAUAUGGGUUUUUACGGACCGCUUGUCAACCAAUCAGAAUGGAGAAUUUUGAAAAGCCAUAUAAUAAACCGAUUAUUGACCUCGCUUGUUUCGGUCUGUACUGUGAAAUAUCAGACCGAGGUAUUUUAGUAUGGACCGAGCGACGAAGGAGCGAGGUCCAUGCAAAAAACAGAGGUCUGAUAUUUCACAGUACAGACCGAAACAAGCGAGGUCAAUAAUCGGUUUAUUAUAUGGCUGAACGGAGUAUGUGAGCUUUUCGCGUGAAUUAAAUCGGCUAUCGUCAGUUUCACUGGGUAACAAUAUACGGUAGGCAUGCAUGCUCAAUCAAAAACAGUUUGGUUGUUUGAAAUUUUUAUCUGUAAAUUUUAAUGAUACACAAUUGGAAAAUUAAAAAUAGGUACGCGACGCGUACAUGUAUCUGCGAAAAACCUUGAUUCACAUUUUGUAUUUUCUUGAAAGAAACUGAAUAAUGAAGAUGACAUGGGACAAUUGAAAUAUUUCAUCACUUGUUAUAAUAGCAGAUAAGAUUUAAAACAGGGUUGUACACAGCGGGGAGGGCGGCAGGGCAAGUGCUACCCCACCCCCACCCCCACCCCGCACCGAGAAAAUUUAACUAACUUUAUAAUGUGAUUAUGAUUGUAACAAAUAAUUAUGCAGUCAGGAAAUAAAAAUUUCAUGCAAACAAUAUUCAAAGUGUCUAUACAGCCUGCUAUUUAGUAAACUGUCACCUAUUCAAUUCAAUCCAUACUCAUCAAAUUUUCAAAACUUUAUUGUAAUCAUAUGAAGCAAAAGUUAUGUCACUUGUUGUUUACACUUGCCAGUGUUAACUGUUGAGUAACAUACACAAAAUAUUUGGUGAACAUGUCGAAGACCACUGAAUAAUUGAGAAUGUUUUGAAGGUCAUAUGAGUGAAGUAUAUAAUUAAAUUCCAGUUCUGUGCAUAGUUAAUGAUGUACCACACUAUUCGGUUUAACACGUACAGCACAUUCACACAAAAACAAUUGUGUUGUGGGAGAUUAUCGGUUUGAGUAGGAGGUAUCACAAGUUUAGUUUUGUACAUUGUGUGCCAUUGAUCAAAUCCACCAUAUAAUAUAUGAUUAUUCAUUGUAGCUGUUAAGUUAUUUUCCAUACUAAUGAAUUUAGGUAAGAUUGUCUUGCAAGUUGGUUGUUCUGGCAAAAUUAUCCAGCCAAUAUCCAGUACAUUUAUUCUUCAUUCUUGUAUUAAUCUCUAAAGAAAAAUAUUUAUGUUAGAAAGCAAAAUGACAAUGUAAUGAGGCUCGGGAGGGCGAGGAUUCUUUCAUUUGAAAAUGUUUGUAAAAAUUUUGUUUAAUUAACUCUAAUGUGUAAAACCAAAAUGUAUAAGUAUUUUAACUGAUAACAUCUUCAACCUUUGCUCUAACACUACAUUUGAUGACAGCUUUAUAGUUGGACUGUUGUUUUGAACAGAGUUAAGGAGCCAAUAUACAGAAAUACAGAACCAGGAUUUAAUUCAAUAUCUCCUGAGAACUGUCCAAUAGGUUCCUUUGAUAUUGUUAAUUGGCAAUAUUGCCUGCUAUGUUUUCACUGUUUAAAAUAUUACAGAAGUCACAGAAGGAUUGUUUUUAAGUACUGUUUAAUAAACGAGCAGGAGUGUUUUACUAGGUUUAAAGCCACGAGCGCGCAGCGCGAGUGGCUUUAGACCUAAUAAAACACGACCUGCGAGUUUAUUAAACGUCUUCAAACACGACCAUAAAUUCAAUCGAAAUACUGCUUUAUUAGUAUUCUUUAUAUAAAGAAUACUAAUGAAGACACGACUACAAUAGAUACUGCCUUAUUAGUAUUCUUUAUAUAAAGAAUACUAUAAUUAGGAGUGUUUUAUCAGGUUUAAAGCCAAUGCACGUGACACAUUAUGGUUGACAUGAUUUGCCAAUAAGCUUAUGAAUUAUUAAUGAGUGUUUGAAUACUGUAUAAAUCUUUUUGUGAACUAUGUUGACAAAUGGCUUAAAAUAUCCUUGAAAAUAUCCAAUAUUUUAUACAGUGUAAUAUAUUAAUAAAAAAAUUCCAGAGUGCAUUCCAUGUAAACUCUACGCCGAAGAUACGGCAAUAUUAACUAUAGAUAGUAUAGUAAAUAUUUGCCGAACUGGCGAACUCAUGUAUUAUAAAAUAUGUGGGACAUAUAUUUGCACAAAUUUGGUAUUUAAAUAUAUAAUAUGUGGUAUUUGACUACUUACCAGAUGAGGAUAAGAUUCCAUGUUGAUAAAUAACUUCGCAAUAAUAUCGCAAGUAGAAUGGCGAGAAAACAAGACAGCCAAUUCAAGAUAAAUUAAUAAAAAUAUCAAGAUAUUUUUGAAAGAAUAACACGUUUUAUACACGAGGCCUGACGAUGCUAAAGUAUGCCCGUUCGCAGGUUAGAUGAGGGCACGAUGUAAACAAUUGAUGUAAACGAAUCGUGGCUUAAAUUGAUGUAAACGAAUUGAUUGGCUUAAAUUGGCUUAAAUUAUAUAAGCUCGUCGCUGAAUGGCUAUAUGUUAACAUACGAUACGGUACGGUAACAUUAACGGCACGUUUGCGAUAGCAUAUAUAUCUGCUUCGCAGAUACAAAAAGCAAAACUUUGUUCUGUUUGCAAAUCAAAAAUUUCCCGCCAGAUAAACGACAUUCGGGACACCGGUCCAGAUACGGAAAAUACGGACCACGGUCCGGAUAUGGGUUUUUACGGACCGCUUGUCAACCAAUCAGAAUAGAGAAUCUUGAAAAGCCAUAUAAUAAAAGUAAGGUACUUUUUGUUUAUUAACAAGUAAUAAUUGUCCAAAAAUACGCAUCUAAAUCAUAAACUUUCCAUUUUUUGAUAAACUGUAUUGAGCCACCUUAAUUGUUAUGAUAGGGCCGCUCCAUUUCAUUGUUAAGGGCUCGCGCGAGAGAACCGCGUGUAAAUGACGCAAAUCCCGUACACUCCCCGUUGAUCGACCUGUUCGAUUAACAGUAACUCAAUAUUAACAUGUAUGUAUAAGAAUGUUCUAAUGUUACUCAAUAGAUCUGUUCUCGAUCCACUCUCUCUCUUUCUUCGGUCUUAGCUACUCCUGCUCUCCUUCGUCGUGUUUUCAAUAUGUUGUCCUUCUCUGUCGUUUGAAUCUUCUUCUGCUACCGCUUCUUCACUUUGACAAACACGCAAUCCUCGACUGGAUAUAAUUUUUGAACUGAACGUCUUAUCGUUAAUGGCUUCAAUCCACUGCUUGAUAUUGUGAAAUUUGCUUCUCUUAUUUCCCCGUCCUUGCCAACUGGUAUAAGACUGUCCCAUUGAACUAUAAAUAAACUGGAAGGCUAACUCAGGGGGGGGGGGGUGGAAUUGAAGCCAGUGCAUUUUAGUUUUUCUGAGUUAUGAGCAGAAAUACUCAACACUGAACGUUGGGCUAUAUAUCAAAUUGAAGCUAUUGAAAAACGCUAUUUGGUGUAGAAAUUUCAAGACUUUAGCUAAAAGGGAAAUAUUGAAAAACUACAAACAUAAUUACCGAUAAUUUGCCGUUUUGCAGUUGUUUUUGUAUUUUUUAAAUAUUUUUCUUUUCGCUGAAGUCUUGAAAUUUCCACACCGAAUAGCAAUUUUCAAUAGCUUCAAUUUGAUAUAUAGCCCGAUGUUUGGGGUCAAGUAUUUCUGCUCAUAACUCAGAAAAACUAUUUUGGCUUCAUCAAAUCAUAGGCCUUCAUCAUAGCAGUUAGCCUUCCAGUUUAUUUAUAGUUCAAUGGACUGUCCACCUCGCCCAGUUUCCAAUUGUUUCCCUGUUUAUUAUCUUCGUGUACAAGCACAAUAGGGCCAUUUAUACGGAACAAAAUAAGACGCGACUUACAUAAGACGCGACUUAAGUAAGACGCGAGUUUGUCGUAUAAAAGGUACAAAAUUCUUAUGUAAGACGCGUCUUGGAUAAGACGCGUCUUACAUAAGAACAGGUCUUUUAGCUGUUGUUAUUUAAGUCGCGUCUUAAGGUGGCUCCCUACAGUUAUUCUUGUUUACCCAAUAAUUCCGUAAAACAGGCUUAUUUGUGCAGAACGCGAAUUGGUUUCGACUUGGUGACAAUAUUGGUCACCUAAGGGAUAUUUCUAACUAGAUUUCGACAACGUCAGUGUUACCAUGGCAACAUGACGACAGCACAAAACCUUCCAAUUUAACCCAUAAAUGUGCCGCUAUCUCAAAAACGAUGUCGGUGACCUAUCUUUUUUAUUUCAUAUAUCAAUAGGGAAUGAAGCUCUGCAACUGUGGUGAAAGUUUAAAAAAAUUCUGUAGUGUGUGAUUUUUUUAAAAGCGAAAAUUUUAUUGCGAAAUUUCCACACUACAGAUUUUUUUAAAAAUUGAAAUUUAUAUAAUUUACCGCAAAAUAAAUUCGUGGUCAAAAUUUGAAGAUAGAUCACCGAUGAAACUAAUGAGUAAAAUGCGAAUAAAGUUAGAAAAUAGCCUCGUGUAACUCGAGAAAUUCCCCUUAUUGAAAAGCGUCGCUGACUAGUAAAAGAUUGUACGCGGGCGUAGAACGAGUUUUCAUUCAGCAAAAUCGAGCGGAAAUGUUGUUUUUACUGUUUUGUUUUUGUCAACUUUUCGAUUUAUUUGAGUGCCAUGGACAGCCAAGGAUUAUUGUGAAGGAUCAAAUCGAUGAAAACAAGGUUGAAGCUAAUUAAUCCCUGCCGUUUACUCAAUCUAUGAGCUGUAACAGCCUAUUAACAGGUGGACGUGUUUUUUUGUUUCAUGUUUGGUUUUGUACUUUUUGCUAAAAAUGAACAAUUAUGCUAUGAAACUGAAAUAUUUUUCUGUUUACAUAUAAUCACUUUAAUCUUGUAGAAACACGACUAAAAACGUGAACGUUUUCUUGAGAAGUAAAUAACUUUUUAAACGUUUGUAUGCAAUUUUGCAAAUGUUUUACAGUUGACAGUGUAUAUUUAAAAAAAUUUAAAAACAUUGUUUCGUAGCUAUUUUUGGUCUAGUGAUAUUCGUAUCAUAUGUAGAAUUGCUGUAUAGACUCGCAAGUGAUUUGGCACUCAAAACGAAGUAUUAUUCAACGCUUUUUUCCAUUAGAAACCUUUCAUAAAUAGCUUUAUUUUUAGAAAAAGCAUGGUCAAUUUUUGUUUUGUUUUGAUCAUGCAGUUGCGUGGGAUAGUUCACGUACUUGUCCCGCGAAUAUCCCGCACGCAACUGUAGGGAGCCUCCUUAAGUAGGGGACUCCACGGAGAUUCGUUUGGCUGUAUCUUACAUGCAGUAUCCAUGAGUAUGAGCACUUUUGCACACAGAAAACGCAUGCAUACUGUGGUGCGCAUGUCAAGUAGCGACAAUAACAAAAAAUGUAAACAAUACUUACUUGACUAAAACAUUACUGUAGGGCCCCUUUAAAAAAAAAAUAUUUCCAACCAUCAAGUGAGAAAAAAAAAUAUUUCUUCUAUAGGUGUACAAAAAAAAAAUAUAUUGCCUCUUAGAAAAUCCCCCCCCCCCCAUCACUUUUCUAAUGGUCCGUCCCUAAGAACGUAUAUAAAAAUAAAAAUAUUGAAGCCAGAAUAUUUUUAAUAAGGAGAGAUUUUUAAAUCUGGGACCCUUUACAAAUCGAAUCGUUGCGUGUUGAAGUUAUGUCUUACUAUAAACAAAUGUUGUUUCGCAUGUGAUUUGGAAGACACAGCUUGCGGUAAGCUGCAUACCAUGCACACUUGUACUGAUGAGAACGUUUUACCAGAUGAGACUCGUGGUCGCCAUCACUUCUGCCCAAUUUCUAUCCAGGCAACAUGUCUCUUUUUACUAACAAUGGACCGGUUAUUAUUUAUGGCACCGAAGAGAACUGAUGUUCUUGGUGAACAUUUUGCUGAUCCAACCAUUAAAAAGUGACAAAAAUAUUUUCCCCAGCCUCAAACAUCAAUUAAAAAAUAAAGACCCACUCCUGGCCAGAAACUUUACAAAAGGUUAUACCAUUUAGUUGCCACACAUAUCUUUUGUCACUUCUGUGAAAUUAGUUUGAUAACUGCUCCUGACAAAUCGGGAAAGGAUCAAGAUAGUGACUCUGAUUGAUUUACAUAUUGGAUUGACAUAUGAUUGUUGACAUUGCUUUUUAGUCCUCAAUAAUUUUUUUAUUACGCAACCCUUGAGUUGUUUUGUUUUUCAUUUACCCAACCUUUUACUUACUCAAAAUGUUAGUUACCCAACCCUUUUCUCUUUCGCAGGGCCGUUCCUAUUCAUAUAUUCGUAUAUUCGUAUUAACAUACCGUAAAAACAAUCGCUUUCAAAAGAAAUCCAUCUGGCAGAACACGAAUAUAUGAAUAUACACCCCCAAUUAUCGCGCUGGGAAGGGCUUUGCUCUUUGGUGCCACCCCCACCCCCUUCACCCAUAGUACACCGAAAGAGUUGGGGGUCACUUGGUUAAUAUGGCGGCCAUCGACAUACUGUAGCUACAGUAUCUAAUCCUAGUUUUCAGAAAACCAAAUAAUACGAAUCAAACAUUUAGAUUUAUUUGUAGACCUCUCCGCCAUUAUUCAAGGUUGGAGUUCUUCUUGAGGAAAAUUUACAAUCCCAAGAAAAGUAAGUUUUGGGGACCGAGCCCCGUACGUAGAGCGAGGGUGAAAGGCACGUGCAAUAACCAACAUAUAUCAUCAAACUAUAACUGUAUUCAUUAAACUGGUUAUUAAAGGGUUUUUAUAGUUUUAUAUUCAGUUUAAAAAGAUGACAACCAAGUUCCAAAUUUUUCUUUUUUUGUAUAGAUUUUAAGUUCUCAACACAAACUCUCUCCGUGGUCAUGGUCUGCUCUUUUCUACUUUACGGGGUGAGUCGUACAAUGUUUAAAUCGAUCUUUUUUAAAUUUAUAGAAUAAAAAUAUAUAGACAAACGAACUAGUAAAUUCACGAGGAAAUCAGCUAAAAUUCGAGUGAACUGAUUUCAAAAAUCCGGACUAUAGAAAUUCUCCACAUAAACCUUUUACUUAUAACUGGCUGUGUAUAUAAGUGUAUUUUGUUCAUAUAUAAACAUGCCAUCCCGCCUAUAUAGGGCGAGUCUUCCGCCUAGCAUGGGAUGUUUGUCUAAACGAAUGAUUCUUCUCUAUGUAAAUCAAGCUUAUUUUUCCUCGUAGAUCUCGUUGGUGGACGUGUAUCUGGCAAGUCUAUUGUUGGACAAACUUAACAACCAUUCUUCGGACUUUGCUUUAGUAAAACGUUCAGUCAAAGUGUUACGUGAUUUGGUUGGUUAGUUUAUACUUCAUAUUUCAUUACAUUUUCUUUUAAGAGUAAAGGACAUCGGCAGCAAAAUUUAUGUUUAUCUACAAUCUUGGCCAUAAACCUUAGAUUUAUUGUACAGACAAAAUGUUACGUGUUAGUAAAAAUGUGGGAAAGCAACAUUGAAUUGAGGGGGGGGAGGUACAAUAUAAUUUUAAAAACCCAAGUAUAUUAAGAAGUUGCGAAUUUGUUUAGCCGUUCUAUACGUACUUUUGGCCAAGAUUGUAGUUGAUAAUGAUAUGCAACAUUUUUGUUCCUUUAUAUAGUUGAAAACAACUUUUAAAACUGUUUGCAGUUUAUCGAUUUUACGGCUUUUUCAACUUUUCGUUUCCGAGGACGAUAAGUUAGGAGUUUAUAUACGGCCUGGAAGAUAUAACAGCACGAGAUUUAAUUCUCGUAUUUACUUUUAGAAAAGUUUCAAUAUUAGUAGUUGAAUAUUGCAGCUAUUUGUGAAUGAAUUGUUCUCGUAAUUAAGGAGCUAUAUUUAUCAUGUCUCUAUAUAAGAAAUGGGCCUCGUAUAUAUGAUUUUCUGAACUGAUUAAAUGAUACUCUCAUUAGAUGCUUUGCACGUUUAGAGUUCGAAGUGACUAUAUGACCGGCAGCCGGUCACGGUUUAUCAAAUACUAAAUGGCCGGCAGUCUAGUGACUAUUGUUAAAGUUGAAUUUUUAUAAGAUAAACCUAUCCCCAACCCCAAACCCUUUUCUAACCCUAACCCCUAACCCCUAACCCUAACCUUUUGAGAGUUAGAAAAGUCGGGAAAAAAAGUUUAAAAAAUUUUAAGAAAAAACAAUGCUAAGUCAGACAAAACACAUCCCGACCCCGACUGCGUUUAACUUUCCGCACGCAGCGCCCUUGCCAUACGAGCUAAUGGCAAGCUCGGUAAAAGUUAACGCAAACAAAAGUUUUUAUAUUCAACUAUAGUCACUAGACUGCCGGCCAUUUAGUAUUUGAUAAACCGUGACCGGCUGCCGGUCAUAUAGUCACUUUGUUUAGCGUUUAAGGUUUAGAGUUUAAGGCCAGGGUCAAACGUCGAACUUCUCAUGCGCCGAACCUGAUGCAAAUGAAGUGAAACAAAGAACUUAGCUUAACAUUAGGUUCGGAGCAUGAAAAGUUCGACGUUUGUCCCUGGCUUAAGGUUUGCAAAGGACAACCUUUUUUGAAUUAGCUGUAUAUAUUACAUUUAACCAUUUACGUUUUUUACACCAUGAUUUUUCUUUUUUUGUAUUAUUGCGAUCAAAAAGCCAGAUACGAUGCGAUUUAAAAAUGCCGCUCGAAAUCGCAUUUUUCCACCGUUCGGAAUUGCAUGUAAAGCGAUUGUCUGAGUAUUGAAAUUAUUCUCGUUUGGGAUUCAAAUUUAAGUUGUAAGAAUCAAGAUGGCGCAACACAUGUGCAUGUAAGCAUCAAGUUUUGGUAAAUUUCUUCUCGAAAUUUUGCAUGGGAGCUUGCAGACUGGACUCCAUUCUCGUACCCAUAGCCAUUUUUACGCGCGUUCGACCGAGCGCGACGAGGGGCUCUGGCUUGCUCUGGCCAAAUCCAUAUCAAACUGGCAUCUGAUUGGCCAUAGUUCUAAUACCGGAUAUUGUUCUCUUACCAUGUUUUUAUGGUAUCCGGUUAUGGAUUUGGCCAGAGCCCCUCGUCGGGCUCGGUCGAGCGCGCGUAAGAAGGGCUCUGGGUACGAGAAUGACUGGACUCCAAUUCCAAAAGGGCAACCAACCUCGUACCCAGGCUCUUUUCACUACGCGCCUCGCUAAGGAGGCGCGUAGUGGAAAGAGCCUGGGUACGAGGUUGAAGGGCAACAAGCAUGGUCAUGUGGGAAGUUAUCAGCAGGAGCUAUCAAUGUAAAUAUUGAACAGUCGCACAUUUGUCAGAUCCAAGCAAAAUUGUUAUAAUCCACACUGGACUUUUAUAUGAACGCCUUCACAAAACGCAACAUACAUUACUCAAUGUUGGCCGGGCUUAUAGAUUUUAUAACGUUUUCUCGUUUAGGUUUGGUGCUCGCUGCUGCUAUUUUUGCUGUCAUAUUGUGUGUUAUCUCUCUUAUACGUUUCCUGGAAAACCAUAAGUAUGUUUAAAUCCCCGCACAGGCGAACAUGUUUUCUUGGACAACUUUUCCCCUACAAGUUUUUUUGUGAAAUUUCCUUGACAACUGUUUCUAACCUCAUACCCAGGCGCUUUUGGGUUGCCGCCACACUAUGACCAGCUUUGGAUGAUGCAAAUCUUAUAGUUUCGUUUUAAAUUUUUCUGGUUUAAAUUUCAUGCAAUAUAUAGCUUCAUUCAUGGUUGAAUAUGAAUAUUUCUGUAUUAUAAACACCUGGGGCCACUUUUAACCUGUGAUUCCACACAAUUUUAAGCUUUCCUUUUAUAUUUUAUCUAUAGGAACAACAUGCUAAGGAUGUUCAAAGGAGAUAAAUCUUUUAUUCCUCGGACGAUUAGUGUGUCACAGUUCAUGAUUGUAAGUUGAGCGAUAUACUGAUAUUUCCCUAUUAAUAUGAACUUUUCAGCGACAACGUUUAAGCCCCCUACACAGGGACGCCGGAAGAUCGAUAAUUGGGGCGGCAGAUAUUCAUAUAUUCGUGUUCACAGACUGUAAAAACAAUCGAUUUCAAAAGAAAUUAAUUGGGUAGAACAGGAAUAUAUGAAUAUCUGCCUCCCCCCCCAAUUAUCGAUCUUCCGGCGUCCCUGCCCCUACAGACGAGCAAUUUUUCCUUGACAAACUUCUCUUGACAAUAUAAAGUUUGUUCGUUCACUGCAACCAGGUAUAUCAAUCAUGUUUCGCUCGCUACUCUGGUUUAAAUAAAUGAUUACAAAGCCCAGUCGAAUUGUAAUCAAGACCCAACGUUUCGACACUCCAGUCUAGUGUCUUCAUCAGGGGUGAUCUAAAACUGCGAUCGUGGCUUCUUCAAAGAGUAUUUGGGUCAGUCUAAACGCCAGUUUGGUACACGGCUAAAAGAACAUCAAAAGGCUGUUUCAACUUUAGACAAGGGAAAAUCAGCUUUAGCCGAACAUGUAUGUUACACCAAACACGAGAUUGCGUGGGAAAACUCUAAAGUAAUUACCACAAACAAUCACUAUGGUCAAAGACUUUGCCUAGAAGCGUGGCAUAUAAAUAUGAGUCAUCAUGCUUUGAAUAGGGAUGACGGCGCCUAUUUGCCAGAGGAAUAUAUGCAUCUUCUUGGCAGGUGACGUCAUCCCUUGGAUAUUUAAGAAGCCACGAUCGCAGUUUUAGAUCACCCCUGAUGAAGACACUAGACUGGAGUGUCGUUGGGUCUUGAUUACAAUUCGACUGGGCUUUGUAAUCAUUUAUUUAAACCAGAGUAGCGAGCGAAACAUGAUUCUCUUGACAAGUUUACCUUCUCGUGUGUACAUGGUCAACAAAUUUUCCUUGACAAAUUUUGUUGCGAAAUGUCCAGGCUAUUUAUUGAGCUCUGAAUGUUUUUACUGUUUAAAAACAAGCAUAUUAAGAUAGCUAUAGCUAGCUUUACACAAAGAGACUUGCUAUGGAAAACGUUGCUGUUUUCUGUCCUGUACACAAGUGCAUGAAUAAGGCGUGGCCGUAACCAGUUCAAAGUAUAAAUCCACACCUGAAUAUUUAACAGUUCUACGAACUCAAGUCGGAUGAGCUGAUAGCCGAUGAGGCGCGUAUAGCGCCGAAUCGGCUAUCGAUUAUAAUAUUCGACGAGAGUUAGUGGAAUAACUGUUUUUUCCAUUUAAGGUCUGAAUUCACAGAUUUUGCUUUUCGAAUAUUUUGUUUUUUGUUUUUAUCUUCGCUCUUUCGGCAGAUUAUUUUUUCAAAAAUAUAUAUAUUUAACCAUUUUAAAUUUUAAAAAUUCAUUUGCUAACCUGUAAACAAUUUGUGGGAGUUUUUCAUUGCGUUUUUAAUGCUGUAAAGGCUAUAAAAAGCGAACAACUUGACGUUUUCUCGUUCGCAAAACGUCGGAAAUUCAGUUUGAGCUGCCAUUUUGUUUUUUCUACUAGCAGGAUAUGAGCUAAUGUCCUGCUAGUAGAGUACCAAUGUUUGUUUUUCCUAGGGGAAAGGAUUAAGAUACCAUAGUUUUCAGAUUGGCUACUUUUUGUGGGGUAAGUGUUCCUUGACUAUAUCCCAAAUAUGAUCCUUGUUUAUAGUAUGAAUAAUAUUUGGAUAAUUCUAAGAAGAAAUAUAAUAUAUCUUUGUAGUAAAAAACCCUGUCAAAAUUGCCGGAUAUGAAGUGAAAUGAGUGAAUUUCGGGAGGAAAAUAAAAAGAAAAAUAGUUUACAUUUUAUAAUGACAUCAUACAGUAUCUGGCAAGUUAGACAAUGAAAAAGUUUACCAAGAUGAGCUUUUUACAUAUACCAAAAGUCACAUUUAUGUUAGUGUCAGUUAUUUACGUGAGUGAGAUCAAUGGAAGGUCCACCUAUCACCCAAAGUCACGAACUCCUGAUCAUUGAUGGACUUUUCACUCUUCUAGACUUCUUCAGCUCGUUGAUCUUCCUUUACCUGGGGCCGAGCGGAAUCAGGGAUCGAUAAAAAAUGCAUUUAUAUAUUUGACAGUAGUGUUGCAGUUAUUUAAGAAAACCCAAUUUUGUAGAACAGGGAGGGUAGGGUAGGAUUAACAUAAUAUCAACAGAAAUUGAUGCGUUUGGUGUCCCCCCCCCCCCUCCCCCUCAUUUUCGGUUUAGCUAGGUUUUUACACCUUUGUUCUAUCUUUUCAGGUUACGUUUUGCUCUCUAUCCUGUUUUCGGUCAUCUUCAUAUUUUUUUACAGUUUGUCAAUUCGCAUCGUACAGAAUUUGGUUGUGGGCUGGUUAAAAGGAGGAGGGUGGGUAAAGCCUUGUCUUCGUGUUAGAGACCUUAAGUCUCUUUCUUCGCUGUUUAACCCAUUGAGCACCAGAGUUUCUCAUUCACAAGUAAAAUCUCCAGGCGUUAGACAGAGUAAAGUAACAAAGUAGGGCGGAUUAGGGCACAAUGAAGCUUAAUGGGUUAAUAUUUUUGCAGGGGUAAGCACAAUUGUGGCAUAACUUGUUAAUAAAAUUGUAAUUUGCCACUGUGUACGAGUUUUUAUUAUUAACAUGACAAAAUUACUGGAUGCUGAUUGGUUGAGAGGAGUACAAUCAUUUCAUUAAUUGUACUGCAGUACAAUUAACGAUUUUCACAAAACAAACAAAAUGGCGGAAUUUAAUUAAACUAUUUGGUAUUUAAUUAAGCACAAAUGAAAUUGCCCCAGAGGAACUUAAAGCAAACUAACUAAAUAAAAAUACGAACAAAAGGUUAGCUGGGCUCAUAAAUGGUAUUCAUCUCAAAAAAUGUUGCUUCACAUUUUGUUUAGUGUUCUCCUGGCCGUGGCUCUUCUUACCUACUUGUGUCUGCUUAUAAUCGCGGCGACGAUAUUCCGUGAUUACGACUUUCCUAAAAACGUCAUAUCUAUAAAUAACAGGUAUGUUAUAACAGGUAUGUUAUAACCAACAGGUAUGUUAUAACAACAGGUAUGUUAUAACAGGUAUGUUAUAACAGGUAUGUUAUAACCAACACAGCAGAUUUCAUAGGUAUGGUAAAUUUGUAGUAUAAUCACACCAAUUUUGUUGCAAAUCGCUUCAUUUAUAGCUUAUUCAGUCUUUGUGUUGAUUAGUUUGAUUUCAGUGGAUCAUAUUCAUAUGCCCUAUGACACAUUUAGACUGAUUGCCUCCUACUUAAUGAAGUUUGGUUUUUUCCCAGAAACGUCUACUUGGUGUUCUCGUAUUUCUGGUUUUUCGUUGGUCUUCCAAUGGGUGUCUUCUCCGCCAUAUCUCGGAUCCUGAGGACAAUGGUUGUGGGAGCUCUGAUGUUGCCAAGAAUUGAUCACAGUGUUAUGCCCGAUGGCUUUCAACGGUUUGAUCGAGGUAACCAACUUGCAUAAGUGACAUUAAGUGUACGGGGCUGAUGCUUUCCGGGGGGGGGGGGGGGUUGAAUGUUUGCCCAUGUUAUGGAGGAUUGCUAUGAAAUAACACAGGCCUGAAUUUAACAUAUGUUUUGAUAGCUCUGCCUGAAUUUUCUGGAUUUGUCGUAUAGCAUUUGCCCGCAUUUCAUGGUUAUGUAAAGUUUGGAGGGGGCAGUUGUGCCCGCGCUGUCUCGUACGCUUAUGCCAACUUGUUGUCAUGUUGCCAUGCGUGAUUCGGGUAAAACAUAAUAAUUUUUGUAUGUGUGCGAAAAUUACGUUGUAUAGGGGAAACAUUUUUUGGUGACCCCCCCCCCCCUCCACGCAUGUCAAAAAUUUUGGGGAGAAAUAAUAAUUAGUGACGGUCGCUGGGCAAACACCCCCCCCCGUACGCCCAUGCAAGUUGUUGUAACGGUCAUGGCUAAAAGGGAUGGACGAAGGGGAGGUUUUCAAGAUAGUUCAGAAUUUAUUGGGGUUAUGUCAGUGACAGACACUGGGAGAUACGAUCUAUGGGAAACCAUUUAGCUCGGGGAAACGGUAUGAAAAUGUUUACGACCUUCAUAGAAUUUGGAAGUCAAUUUCCGCGCUAUUGGCUUUGCUCUUCUCGACUGACGUUCUCGCUCCAAAUAUAUGUAGAGCUCACUGGUUUCAGCAAGCAUCUUUAUACGGUGAUACUUAUGAAAGCGACGUUAAUUUCCGCCAUGUUAGCUUCACUUUUCUCAAAGGCCGAAAGACAGAUUUCCAUCUAUAGAAAGCGGAGAUAGAGAGACAGAGACAUGGAGACUUGGUCACAUUGGCGUUAGCCAAGGGCCUAGACACCGAAUGUAUAAAACUAUAAUUUUACUAUGUUUGUGAUGGUACUCUGAGUGUAUAUCCACGUAGGGCAAGGUUGAGAAAUAUGCCUGCCACGGUGGGAAUCGAACCUACAACCUUUGGAAUACUAGCCCAGAGUAACAUCACAAACAUCAUAUUCACCUGAGUACAUAACACUAACACAAAAAAAUUAUAAUUUUAGUGUUUUUAGUCAGUACGCAGGCUACAGUCUUUAUAACAUUUUUUGUUUUGAAAGGUUUCAAUGCGUACAUCUGUUAUCUUCACGUGCAAACAGCUUAUAGAAGCCCAGUCCUUCGAGUUUUCUGUCAGAUAUUGAGUGACGAAACACGUAAGUUUUGACAAUUUCUUUACAGUAUAGGGUGCGAGUAAACCUCGUGAAUUGUUCAUAAAUUUUACAAACCUUAGCAUUUUCAUCCGCGUUUGUAUGUGUGUCCGUGUGUUUGUCAGCAUGAUAUGAUAUUAAUACGAAAUUACUUUGUUGGACUAAUCCACAUUGUCCAAGGACAAAUUGAUCAAAUUUUUGUUAAAUUUGGAUGAAAAUUAUUGGAAAUUAGCAUAACUUUGCCUUGCUUUGCCGGGCACAGGAAACUGAAUGUGUAAUUAGGCCAUCGUAUAAUUUAUGCAUGAUACAUAACUUCUUUUGCUGGAGGAGCUAUAGUCAUACGCUAUACUACUACUCAUCUACUACUAUUUAGUCGUAUAUUAGUUAUUAGAGGCCGAUGUGAUCUAAAUAGAGGGAGGGGGCUUGUUUCUUUUCAGCGCUUAAUUAAAAAGGGAGGUGUUCAAAAGGGCUAAAUAGAGGAAAUAUGGUCAUAAUAAUAAUUGUGUACCUUUUGUAGAAUUCGUGAAUAAUUAAUAAGGCUACAAACAAAUCACGACGGGGUAUUUAGGUCACAUAUGCACACUUGUAAACCGCAGUAAAGAUCACAGAAUCAUGUUAGAGUGAUGUUUAUGAGAGUUAUGAAUACUAAUCAUAGAUACUAAUUCAGAAGCAGGGCGAUUUAUUAGAAUCAAAACGCACGCAUCACUAGAUUUACGCUGUAAAUGCAUGCUGAUGAAGCGUGAGAUUUUCCCCAUGGGCAGUGAAUUCUAUAUAAUAAAGUAAACAAAUAAAUUCAUUUUACAAGUUUAUUAAAGUAUUCACAACUAGCGUGCAGCGUGAGCCAUUGUUAAAUGCCUAUAAAGAUCGGUCGCUCAUAUUUUAACUAUACCACUUCAAUUUAACACGAGCAGGAGCGCUUUAUCAGAUAUAAAACACGAAAGCGCAGCUCGAGUGUUUUAUAUCUGAUAAAGCACGGACUACGAAUGUUUUAAAUGGCUUAAAAAACGACGACUCCUACCUGAUGAGGUUAUUGGCGAAGUAAUUUUAAAAAUAAACGUUGUCUAAGCCGAGAAAAUCAAAGCUAAAAUUUAUGUAAAUUAACAUGAGUUUUUAUGAGAUAUAUAACCACGGACACGGCAGUGAUUUCCUUUGUCUUUUCCUCAUGAAUUUUCCUCAAAGAGUUUUUUAAAUAAUUUAUUAAAGGACACAACAGGGAACGAAAAUGGACAUGUUCAGCUCAAGCUCGUGCCAGAUGGUUUCUCGCCCUUACCUUGGCCCGCAACCCACAACUAGCGUCGAACCGUAAACCUGGUGGUGUUGAAGCAUUAAAAGCACCUCAACCUGUUCAAGGUGGUUGUGUCAAACAUGGCGACGUCAAAAUUGAAGUUGGUCGGUAUGGGUUAAUACAAGAUAAGUGA